AGACGAUAAUAAGCGUGUUAUCGCUCCACAGUCCUUGCCCCUGGCCGAGACCAGGAUCCGAGCGGCUGGUUGGUUCCGGGCCCCAAAGCGCUGCGAAAGCGCAUUUGUAACCCCAACCCUGGAUGUGCCUUCCAACACAACUCAUGUCCAUAUGGAGGAAUCUGCACUCUCCUCCGUCCGAUGACGAGAACAACUUCCUCCCUGAGAAGGACGAAUACUGCAUGUGUAUAGUAUGUCCACCGCCUGCUCAGCAGCAAGCCCGUCCAGUGCACCCCCGGGCGCGGCAAGUCUUGCGAAGAAUGCCAUAAACAAAGCCCACGCGACAUGCGAAUAGGAUUCCGCGUUGUAGGCU